AUGGGACCAUAUUCACCACAAAUGCCUUAUCCAAACAAUCCACAAUAUUGCGUGUAUCCACCACAAUACCAAUUUCAAAACCAAGCACCUCCUACUAGUAGCAGCAGUUCAAAAGUCUCAGAUACACAAUGUGAGGCUAUGCCUGAUGAGCCUGAAUUUUCUACUCAACGGGGUCUAGAUGAUAUUGAGCUUGAAGAAACCGGAAAGAAACGCAACAAAUGGAGUGGUAAAGAUAAUAUACUUCUUCUUCAAUCAUGGCUCAACGUUUCUACCGAUCCGGUCGUGGGAAAUGAUCAAAAGUCAACAUUGUUUUGGGAUAGGAUCCAAGCCCAAUAUGAGGAGUACCGCGACCCUGCCUAUCCUUCGAGGUCAGCAAACUCCUUGAAGUCUCAUUUUUCUAAAUUGAAUGCUGAUAUUCAAAUAUUUGUCGGUUGCCACAACAAGGCUACUAGUCAUUGGAAAAGUGGACACUCAGAUAAGGACAUCAUGGCUACGACGCAUUCCAUAUAUCACGUAGAUACGGGUAAAGAUUUCAAACAUGAGAAUGCUUGGCGGUUGGUGAAAGAUGAACCAAAGUGGAAGGGAACAUUUAUGACAACCAGUUCAACGAGACAGAAGAAGUCAGGAGAUGGGGCGUAUGCAACAUCGUCUGACCCGAGUGCAUCAAUUGAGGGCGACGAAUAUGAGGCCACACAACCAGCAACCCGCCCAAAGGGAAAGAAGAAUAUCAAAAGGAAAGCCAAAGUAGGAGACACUGCUUCAAGUGAGCCGUUAUAUGUUCCUAAUUCUGAUAUGGUAGCCAUCGGGAAAGCUAAAAUAGACUUACUGGCGAGUUUCAAGGAGCUGAAGACCCAAGAAAUGGAGAUGAAGAUGGAAAAAACCAAAAUUAAAAAGGAAAAAACCCAAAUUAUGAAGGCGAAGUUGCUUAGGGAAUACAGGGAUAUCCUUAUGCAGGACACAUCUAACAUGAACGAGGUGCAGUUAGCAGCGCAUCAGCGCCUAUGUCAAUACGCCAUGAAUGAACUAGGAAUGUCUUAG